AUGACAGACCCCGAGAAAACAUCCCGAGAAUCGAGUUCCUCGGAUAAUCUCGAUGUGACGCCAAAGUCACCACCCGUUGAUGCCACCACAGGAACAGAUCUAGAGAGUCAAGAUCAAAAAAUAGUAGUACCGCCAUUACAGUGGAAUGGUUCGGAUGAUCCAGAUAAUCCUCUCAAUUGGCCUAGAUGGAAGAAGAACUGGCAUGUUUUUACUCCAGCGUUGAUCUCGUUUUCUGCAACCCUCGGCUCCUCACUCAUAUCCCCCGGCAUUCCAUUCAUCUCCCGUACCUUCCAUACCAGUCCGACCGUCUCCCUCCUUCCCCUCUCGACCUACGUCCUAGCCCUCGCCCUAGGUCCCCUCCUCGCAGCCCCCCUCUCCGAGUCCCUCGGUCGCAAACCCGUCUAUCUACUCUCAGUGCCCCUCGGCUGCAUCUUCACUCUCGGCUGCGGCUUCUCCCAAAACAUCGCAAGUCUUUUUAUCCUGCGUUUCUUCGCCGGUAUGGCGUUCAGUCCCGCUUUGGCGAUUGGAGCAGGCAGUAUUGCGGAUUGUUUUACUGCGGAAAAGAGAGCGCGUCCUAGUGCAUGGUAUGUUAUGAGUCCGUUUUUGGGACCGGCUUUGGGACCUGUCAUAGGUUCCUUCGUCACCGUCCACAAAUCCUGGCGCUGGACCCAAUGGACACUAAUCUUCUUCUCCAUCUUUUCUUUCCUCCCUCUACUCUUUACCUCCGAAACCCUGCACUCACGCAUCCUCACGCGUCGCGCCAAAUCUCUGAAUCAACCUCUCCCAGCCUCUCCAUUUCCCUCGAACGCAGCGAAGAUAAAAUUCCUCCUAACAGUCACCCUUUUCCGACCCAUCCACAUGCUCUGUUCUGAGCCCAUCGUCGCCUUCUUGAGUCUCUACGUCGCGUUCAAUUUCUCCGUUCUUUUUAGUUUCUUCGCCGCUUUUCCGUAUGUGUUCAGGACGGUAUAUGGAUUUGACACCGAACAGAAUGGAUUGGUUUUCUUAGCGAUUGGAGCUGGAUGUUUUCUGGCUAUCAUCACAGUUCUUCUCUGUGAUACGUUCUUAUAUCAGCCUAUCGUCAAAAAAUCCCACGAAGAAGGGAGAUCGGGGAUUGUAGCCCCGGAAUAUCGUUUAUAUCCUGCAAUGCUAGGAAGUUUGGGGCUGCCGGCUGGAUUGUUUUGGUUUGCAUGGAGUGCGAGGGAUGGUGUUCAUUGGAUAGUGCCUGUAAUUGGAGCCGUGCCUUUUGCAUGGGGAAAUUUGUCGGUAUUUAUUGGUGAGCUAUGGUCAUACGUUCUCCUUCAUGUUCGUUUACUAACACGCGAGGAUGAAGCAUCAGCAAACUAUCUGAUCGAUACCUAUCAAGCAUUAAAUGGGGCAUCAGCACUAGCAGCAAAUGGGCUUUUGAGAUAUGUUUCCGGUGCAGCAUUCCCAUUAUUCACAUUGCAGAUGUAUAAAAUCCUGGGAAUUGGAUGGGCAACGAGUUUGUUGGCUUUUAUUGUUGUAGGUUUGCUGCCUGUCCCGUGGGUGUUGUGGAUCUGGGGAAAGAGGAUUAGAAGUGGCAGUGCAUAUGAUACUAUCAAAGCGUAA